CUCUCUUAGGCCGCACCGAGAGUUGUCUAUAUUUGUGCUCAAGGCUCAGUUAUGGUUCUAAACAAUGUUGGUACACUCUAUGCAAAAGACCAACUCCAAGCCCUUACCUAACCCUAAGCCUAAGCCUAAGCCUAAGCCUAAGCCUAACCAUAUCUCAGGAUGGUUCAGUCCAUGCUUUAGACCAUAUAGAAUCCCCAAGUCGAGCAACUAUCAUAUGGUCUCUGUCUCAACUCGCAAAUUUUCUCAUUGGACCUGGUGGACUUGUGCCGCAAUUGGUUCUACUAUCUACACGGUUGGAAAAUAUAUCUAUGGUGGGAUCUCGUCUAGGGUCUUCUUCUUGGACUGUCGGUCUCACACUUGGCACGAAGCUCCAAGCAUACAGAUGACGCCAAAGUACCCUCUCAUGAGCGUUAUUGAUGGGAAAAUAUAUGUAGUGGAAGGCUUGAACGUUCCGGAUUCAUCAGAUUCGAUGAAGGUUUUUGAUCUGAAAAAACAGAUAUGGGAGCAUCUACCAUGCCCUAGAGCAGAGAUAUUCGGGAAGAGUUAUAUAUUAAGAAGCUUAGCCAUAGACGGAAAGCUUUACCUGUUUGGGGAUAAAAAUAUGGUUUACAAGGUCGAUGAAAAUAAAUGGGACGUUGUAGGAUUAGAGACGCGUGUAAGUUGGGCUUUCAGUGAUUUUUCAUGCGUAAUAGACAACAUAAUGUACAAUUAUAUCUUGUCCAGAAAGCUUCAAUGGUACGACUCCAAGGGAAUAUUGUGGAGAGAUUUAAAGGGUUUGGAAGAACUUCCAAAAAUGCCAAAGAGUUGUACUCGUGUUAGGAUGGUAAAUCAUGGUGGAAAGAUUGCGCUUCUGUGGGAUAAGAAAGUGCGUGGUUUUGACUCCAACGAGAAGAAUAUUUGGUGUGCUGUGUUUGCGGUUGAAAGGCGCAGCGAACAAGAGGUUUAUGGGAAGCUUGAAUGGUGUGAGGUUGUGCUUAAAGUCCCCAAAUCAUGUUGUUUAUUGGAAUUUCUUGCUGUUGAUGUUUGAUGGAUGAAC